AUGCCAUAUCAUACACCACCAAGUCAUGAUUGGGAUAUGAAAUACAUGCUCCAGCAACUUCUACAAGGGCAAGCCAAUGGUACAUUGGACAUGAACAACAAGUUGGUUGAGAUAGACUCCAAAAUCGAAUCAUUAACUUCAAGAGUUCAGAUUAUUGAGUCUUCUAGUGCAUCAUUCUUAUCCCAAGCGUAUGCUCAAUCCGUAACGCUAAGGAGUGGUCGACAGCUGCCUAACAGAGUUGGUACACCUCAAAUCGCUGUGAACAUCGAUGACGAGGAAGGGAAGGACUUAGCUGAGUAUUCAAACAUUCCCGCACCAAACUCGAUCGAGCCUAAACACAACAUUGAACCAGAGCGCGAUCGAGCUAGUGCACCAGAAGAUCCACAUGAAAAAUCUGAACUCGAUUGGGCUAGUUCACAAGCUGACAAAGCUAGUCCUAGCCAGCCGCCUAAGCCAAUUGGUAAGAAGAAGGACACUCCAUUCGUGCCACCACCAUACAAACCCCCUCUACCUUUCCCAGGAAGGUUCAAGAAACAGUUGUUGGAGAAGCACAAGGCUAAUUUUGAUGAGCUCAUGAAGGAGACUGAGUUGAAGUUGCCUUUCAUUGAUGCUCUGAUGCUCAUUCCACCCUACCAGAAGUUCCUGAAGGAUUCUGUACUGCAAAGGACUAAGGAAGUGCAAGGAAUGGUGGUCUUGACUCGCGAAUGUAGUGCAAUCAUUCAACGCAAAGUUAUCUCCGACAAAAAGGAAGAUCGAGGGAGUUUCACACUGCCAUGUAUGAUAGGACCUCUAUCCUUCAAGAACAGUCUCUGUGACCUUGGAUCAUCAGUCAGCCUGAUGCCUUUGUCAGUUGCAAAGAGAUUGGGUUAUGACAAGUAUCAAGCCUGCGGAAUCUCACUUGUUUUGCCCGAUAGAUCAUGUAGGGCUGCCUACUGGGAUGCUUGA